AGGUACCGGUAUAGGUGUAGGCAACUUUACAGUGCAGGGAUACCACCUCUCACAAACCGAAAAAACCCCACCGAAGCCACUCCCAGUUUUUGAAAACCAACCUAAAAACUAGACUAACCAACCAAGUCUAUCUUACCAACUACCCCAUAAGCUACCAUGACAUCCCUUUACGUCUCCAAGGUCCAACCACGCGACGAGGACAAGGAAGUUUCCCUGUCGUCAUUGCUAGCUGCUCAUUGCAGUUCUAGUAAGACCAGAAGCAAACGUCCCAUGGGCUCCAAGAGUUUGAAUGACGCUCUAUCGCCUCCACCCAUGGCCGUAUUAUUGAAUGCGUCCCUUACGUCGCUAUCCGCUCCUUUUGCCAACAUUAUCCUUGCCAACAAUUCUAGUAGUAACAACAACUAUGCCACUCGUUGCAAAGCCUUGAAGGAAAGUGUCAACAAACCCGUCAAGGAUCAUCGACGACGAAGACCAUCCCUAGCGGAAGAAGACUUUGAAGAAAUGGAUGGCGACACUUCCACUUGCAACACUAGUAUUUUGACAGAAGACAAGUUCUCCAUUAGUUGCAGUUUCAGAUUGGACAACUCCAUCUCGGACAGAGACUUGGAGAAUCUGGACGAAUUGGGAGUGUCUCUAUCUCCAAAUGCCAGUACCCGCAGCACGAAAACCGACGAUAGUGAGCCUGAAGCUACAUCCUCCCAGGAGAACAAAGUUGCCGCCUUUUUCCACAAUAGAGCUCAAACCUUUUCCCGCAACUUGGAAACCAUUGGUCUCUUGUUGAUGGGAAAGCGAGUUAUGGUGUAGCUGCAAAACAGCUACUACCAAUGGGAGGGGAAAGACGGAGAGACACUCGAGGAGGACAACUAACUUUUCAAAACCAGCAAACAGAACAAACCAUGCAGAACGGGCGACCACACACAACGGCCAACCAAAAGCAGUCGCAGCAAAGGAAGAACCGGCACUUGUACCACCCACUUUACGUGGACAUUGCUGGUUGGUAACCAAAAGAAUCCCUUUGCUGCCUACGCUAGCUAGGUGGUACUGUGUCAGCUCGCACCCCGACAAAGAAGCACUGAACGAUUGAAUCAUUCAGUGCCAAGCCGCCAGAAAGAGAAACGAUGUACGAACAAUCCUUGUUGCAACCACGUAUCUGCCCAAGCAACGGCAAACACACCAACAACACUGGAAGAAUCAGCAUUGCACCACAUACCAUCCUAUCCUCCCUCUUCCUUCCUCCUAGCACCUUCCUCUUCCAUCUGUUCAAAUAGAUGGGAAGUGGGCAUGAAUGCUGAUUAGAAGAACUAAAGGAAUCCCUCUGUUGUUGUGUUGGCAGCGUUGUUUAUCAGAUACUAGCAGAAUCAAAACUACAGACAUCUUAGCAAGAAAGAUUUGUACAUGUCUAAACCAUCCUGUAGCUAGCUAGAUGUUCGG